ACAACUGUAGUUUCCCUGCUAAUUCCCUUGUUUUAAUUAAUUUGAACAUGGUCACUUUAUUAUAGAUAUAGUUGGGUCGUGCAAUCAUAGAUACCAAGGUUGCAAUAUGAGGUUAAUAUUGUUGCUAACGUUAUGUUUCAUGAAAGUUGAAAGUUUGGAUCAGCUUUUGAUAUCUGCGUUCAAUAUCAAGGUGUUCGGACAAAGUAAGAUAUCUAAACCUGAGGUUGUUGACGUCAUAAUUAAGGUGUUGUCACGUUACGACCUGGUUAUCGUACAAGAGAUACGAGAUAUACAAGAAACAUCGUUCCCUACAUUAGUUGAACAAUUAAACGAAGGUGGGAUCAACUAUACUUGGUUUACCGGACCCAGGGUUGGAAGAACGUCAUCAAAGGAACAAUAUGGUUUUGUUUACAGACCUGAUAAACUGGAAUUAUUGGGCAAGUUUCAAUACAAUGACACGGAUGACGUAUUUGAACGUGAACCAAUCAUAACCCGGUUUCGCUGGUUGGGAGGUGGGGGUAGAGAGUUCACGUUGAUACCAAUGCACGCCAAACCAACAGAUGCUGUGGCUGAGAUGAAUGGAUUACUACAAGUUUAUAUGGAUGCUGUUGGUGUGUAUGGGAACAACACAAUAAUCCUGGGUGAUUUGAACGCGGAUUGUUCGUACGUCUGUCAAUCAUGUUGGGAUUCGGUUGUUUUGAGGACGGAUCCAACUUUUCAUUGGUUGAUUGGUGAUGACGUAGACACUACGGUAUCCAAUACCGACUGUGCUUAUGACAGGAUAAUUGUAACGGGUGACCUCAUCAAUGACGUUUGUUGCGCCGACGUUCACAGGUUUGACCUCGGUUUGAACUUAACCACAGAUGAGACAGCCAUGGUUAGCGACCACUACCCAGUUGAAGUUACGAUCGUGGCUCUCCAACCAAACAUUCAACAAACACAAUCCAACGAACAUUCAACCUCGAUGAUGUCAUCAUACACGGCACAAGGUGUUACGACUAUUGCAAUAAAUACAACAUCCGUACAAACUAGAACCGCACAAGCAACGUCAUCAACUACGUCACACCCCACCCCAGCCACCUUAGAAACUCGCGGAAACAAUUCAAACAAAGUUUUUUAUUCCAGAUUCUUGUUUUAUUGCUUUACUAUAAUGCCAAUUGUUUCUAUCAUAUGGAACAUACCUUGAUUUGUAACAAUUGAACCAUUGUUACAAUGUAAAUGUUUCUUUAUUGUGAUGUCAUAAUACACUGUAUUGUUUAUUAACUAGAUUGUUUGACUUCAAUCGCGAUUAUUAAAAAUAAUACCGAUUGU